AUGAAAUCAAAAAAUAUCUUAAGAGUUGAUACCAUUGUUUUGGUAUUAUGUCUGUUUAAUUUGAUAUUUACAAGUUCAUAUGCAGGAACGCCCGUUCAAACGUGGCUCAAAACUUCUUGGGACGCACCUCCUCUUAUUCUCGAGAUUCUAGAAUCGGUAACCGCCGAGAAUUCCUCGGCAUAUUUUCCGCUCGUCAAUGAAUUCUUGAAAGGAGGAUUGUUUUCCUCGAAAUUGACGGUCCAGGAAGUAUACAAUUCUGCUUUCGACAUAAUCGAGAAGAAUCAAUUUUUAUCAACACCAACAACCAAAUCAUUGGUCGAAUUCGCCCUUUCCCUGCAUACCACGGCACCGGCAAUUCAUGCCUAUUAUCACUAUUAUAAUGCAACCGUGAUGCCAUCCAGAAGUGAUUCUAAUCAAACAUUCAACUCAGAUUGUGAAGUUUGGAUUGAUUGGUAUGACCAUCAAGCUUGCAGUGUUGAGGAAUUUCAAAAUCUUGUUGGUUUCACGGAUUUCGAGAAAUUUAAGUUGGAUGUCGUUAGUGACACACCUUCUCCUAAACUCUUACCGUUUGAUCACGUUCUUAAGUCCCAGGCAAAGACACCAAAACCAAUAGUAAUUUUGUACGCUGAUCUAUUAUCGCCGAAAUUUCCCAAAUUUCACGAUUUUGUGAGUACAUUGGUUGAAAAAGUAGAAGCAAACUAUGUCUUGCGUUAUGUACCGCCAAAAGGGAAUCGUGAUUCGUUAUAUCUAUCGGGAUACGGUGUGGAAUUGGCAUUAAAGAAUAUGGACUACAUCGUGGUGGAUGAUCGUAAAGUAGAAGAAAUAGAUGAUGAGAAUAAGGAAAUUGACCCUAAGGAUUCUAAGGAUGAACCUCUCAAUAAAUCCGGCGAUCAUUUGUUUGACCAAUAUAUCUCUGAAAUUAAACCUUUGAAAUCCGGAGAAAUUAAAAGUCUUGGGGUAAAGGCGGCACAGUUUAUAUUGGGAUCUCACGAUCCUCUGAAGGCAUUUGCGCAAUUGUCACAAGACUUCCCAAAGUAUUCACAUGCAAUCUCCCAACUUCCUUUAAACUCCUCUCUGGAACAAGAGAUCGAGAAAAAUCGGUAUAUUAAUCGCAUAGACGCGAAUUCAUUCUGGCUCAAUGGAUUGAUCAUAAAUCCCACAUCUGCUGAUCCAUUCAGCUUAUUAAAGUUGUUGCGUCGUGAACGUCAGACUGUUUUAUCCCUGAAAAGUCUUGGCAUGAAUUCGCGUCAAGCUAUUGAUCUACUUUCUUCUCCCGUCAUCUCUCAAGCCCAGUCACCCCAGGAUUUUUCGAGAGGUGUGUUUGAUGUUCGCGACACUUCUCCAAAUAAAAAUGUGGUCGCGUGGCUCAAUGACCUGGAGAGGGACGAAAGAUAUGCCAUGUGGCCUGAUCGCAUUUACGAGCUUCUACGUCCGGUUUAUCCGGGGCAAAUGCGGUAUUUACGUAAGAACUUGUUCUCAACGCUGUUUGUCAUCGACCUUUCCGCCAUCGAAAGUCUCAGAGUUAUCAGUGAACUGUACGUGUUUAUAUCUCGAAACGUUCCUUUGCGAUUCGGUCUCGUUCCCCUUUUUUCCAAAGAUCAUCAAAACUCCAUUUUGAUGGCAAGGAUUUUUUAUUAUGUUGUUGAUCAAUACUCCCCAUCGAUGGCGUUAGAAUUACUCAAUUUUUUCCACUCAAAAUUCCGUAAAUCGCCCACAGCUGAUUUCAUCCAAGCAUCCAAGGAAGAGUACGACAAAUUUGUUCAGGGAAAAAAUCCUCAAAACAAAGAGCUUAUUAGUUCUUUCGCUGAAAUUAUUGAUGGCAAUAACUCUUUGGUGGAAGAACAAAUUAAUGGGGCGAUGGAGUUUAUCCAUAGAUUUAGAAUAGAUGCGAGCGGUAAUGGUAUCUUGUUCAUGAAUGGAAAACUCUUUGAUAUGACCGAGAAUUACCAACGGGACAUGGUACAAACCGUUAAUGAGCAUACCGUGUUUUUGCAGCAAAAAGUAUAUGCUGGCGAAAUUGAUGACCAAGUUAAUGUUUACGAAUAUUUCAUGACGCUGCCAAAUCUUCCUUCAAGGAGGAACCCUUAUGUUUUUGUAUCUGAAGUGCAACCUUUGAAGACAAUAGACUUGGUUAAUGGCUUUCCGAUUAAGGAUUUGAAAUAUAUAUCAAAAGCGAACAAUAAUGACGAGAAGAUUCCUGUGACAUUGUUGUUAAUAACCAACUUCGAUUGCGAGCACGGGGCCAAGCAGGCACUGAAUGCCUUGAAGUUUUUGGAUUCGACAAAAGAUGUGAGAUUGUCUUUGAUGCAUCACCCAGGAUCUGGAUUUGCAGAUAAACCUGAAGCUCCCAGUAUGUCUUCAAUGAUACAUUAUAUAUUUUAUGAGGAGACUGUUACACCAAGUCCCAAGGACCUCCAGGCGAUUUUUGGGGAAUACUUGGACGCGAUUUCAGAUAGUCAAAUUAAAGGAGGUUAUGUCGAAGGAGAGCAAAUUCCGAUUGAUGCAGAUGGCAAAAUUAAUUCUGCGCGAUCUGCCGGUUGGCAAGUGGUUGAUAGAUUGAAAGCAGAAAAGUAUUGGCAAAGCCUGAGUUCUUCUUUCAAGGAGACGUUGAGGUUUAACGAUGAUGACACGGUCCUUAUCUUGAAUGGCCGUAUAAUCGGACCUUUUCCUCUGGAUGAUGGUUUUCAAGUGGAUGAUUUUGAAUUAUUAGUAGAUUAUGAACUCUCCGAGCGUGUUUCUCCCGUCACAAAGGCCAUCGACGAGCUCCAAUUAAAUAUAGAAUUAAAAGGCUCUCAUUAUUCGGAUUUCAUUGCAAAAGCGUCUUCAAUAAUAUCUGCUUCUAGUACGUCGGAUGUUCCGGUUGGGCUAUUUAAUAAUCAGGAGCAUAGGCGCAACGUUAUGUUUAAAGAACUACAGGGAGAUAUCAGUCGAAUAGAAAUCGGCAACCCUGAAGAUGCAAUCUACAAUUUUGCAGCAGUUAUUGAUCCUAUAAGCGAGAUUGCGCAAAAAUGGUCGACUAUUUUAAUAACUUUAUCACAGAUAGAUGGAGUUUUCUUGGAAGUAUACAUGAGUCCUUCUGUGCACAUGGAAGAAAUUUCAUUGAAGCGUUUUUACCGUUAUGUCUUAAGUCCCAAACUAACUUUUAACUCCACCACCGGAACACCUAUACCACCAUCUGCAUAUUUUAACGGCCUUCCAGAGGAACCGCUGCUAACUCUAGGAAUGGAUGUUAUAUCACCUUGGCUUGUAACUCCAAAGUCAUCUAUUUAUGACCUUGACAAUAUCCAAUUGUCAAAAGUGGAUGCUCGAUCAAGAGCUAAAGGAGUGGAAGCCACUUUCGAAUUGAAACACAUUUUGAUUGAAGGACAUGCGCGCGACAUAACAUUGAACGCGCCGCCAAGCGGUCUCCAGUUGAUACUUGGUACAAAUAGCUAUCCUUCAAUGGUAGAUACCAUAGUAAUGGCCAAUCUUGGAUACUUCCAACUGAAAGCCAACCCUGGAGUAUGGACCUUGAGACUAAGGGGUGGGAGAUCGAUUGAAUUAUUUGAUAUUCAGAGUGUGGGUAGCGAAGGAUGGUUAAGUAGGAGUGUAGAAGAGAUUGGAAAUGAGAUUGUUCUGGACAACUUUGAGGGAUUGCUACUUUAUCCACGUAUGAUGAGAAAGCCUGGUAAAGAAAACGAAAAAAUUUAUGAAAAUGAUGACAGCGGUAGCGAUGACGGCAUAUGGGAUUAUUUGAAAAAUAAGUUUUCUAUUACGAAGGAAGAAUCAAAGAAAAAAAAAGCGGACAUCAAUAUCUUUUCGGUGGCUUCUGGACAUCUCUAUGAAAGAUUCCUUUCAAUAAUGAUCAUUAGUGUACUUCGGCAUACAAAGAGUAGCGUCAAAUUUUGGUUCAUCGAAAAUUUUCUAUCACCUUCCUUUAAGGAUUUUAUACCACACAUGGCGAAAGAAUACAACUUUGAAUACGAACUCGUCACAUACAAAUGGCCACAUUGGUUGCGUGCACAGACAGAGAAACAAAGAACGAUAUGGGGAUAUAAGAUUUUGUUCCUCGAUGUACUAUUUCCACUCGAUUUGGACAAAGUUAUCUUUGUCGAUGCCGAUCAAAUAGUACGUGCUGAUCUUAAAGAGUUGGUUGAUAUGGAUUUACAAGGUGCUCCCUACGGAUACACACCGUUUUGUGAUAAUCGACCCGAAAUGGAUGGUUUCCGAUUUUGGAAGUCCGGUUACUGGCAAGAACAUCUAAACGGAAAACCCUAUCAUAUUAGUGCAUUGUAUGUAAUUGAUUUGCAAAGAUUUCGCCAAAUGGCUGCUGGAGAUUACUUGCGUGGUCAAUAUCAAGCGCUUAGCGCGGAUCCGAAUUCACUUUCAAACUUAGAUCAAGAUUUGCCAAAUAAUAUGCAACAUAUGAUCCCAAUAUUUUCUUUGCCCCAAGAGUGGUUAUGGUGUGAAACGUGGUGUAGUGACGAAUCUCUGGCUAGGGCUAAAACAAUUGAUCUCUGUAACAACCCACUGACCAAGGAGCCCAAACUUGAUAGAGCCAAGCGACAAAUUCCAGAAUGGGAAUCAUAUGAUAAAGAAGUAGCUGAUCUGUCAACAAGAAUCGUACAGCAAAAAGUUUUAUCGUCAUCACAUAUUGUAAUUCAAAAUGAUCAAGAGACCUCAGAUGUCGAAAGAAACGAAGAAACAUUCAUUGAGAGUGUGGCUGAAGAUAAUACGAAGAGUAUCGAAGUAAUAACCGAAAGCACAGGCAAAGAAAAGGAAGAAGAUAAAUCUAGUGAAUCAGAACAAGUUACUUCAUCCACACAUAAAGAUGCUCCUUCAGUCAAGGAUGAGUUGUAA